UUUUAGUGCUAAAGUGCACCUUUUAUUUUCUGCGAUAAUGCCUAGUAAAAGCAUAUUGCUUAUCUGCAAAUGUGGCCACACUGCAUGCCCCAUAUGCAAGCGAAAGACAAUUAUUAAUAGUGUUUUAGCUAAUGUUCCGCUUCUAUAUUCUAGCGUUGUCAACUUUGCGCUCUGUGACAGCAGCGACUCAGCAGUCGCAGUGUUCCAUUACCCUGACAAGUAAACAAAGUUAAAGCGCUUUGAAGCGAGCAGGCAUGGCACACUGCUCCUUUACGCAUGAAGGUUAGCUAAUCAUCCAGCGGGAGACAGAGACACCAUGGAUGUCACCAGGCCUCACCCAGAGGCAUUGGCAGCUUUCCUCCACUGACCUCCUUUCAGCCACCUCCCCCUUUCCGUCAGCACUUCCGCUCGGCUUAUCCGCCCGUCCUCCUCGGCUCCCACCCUCCCCCAUCCGUCCUCUCGACCGCCCCGCUGACCUCGCUGCGACCCCUCGUCGGGACGUCAUGGCGGGGGAGAAGGGGCCGACCCGGCGGAGCGCCAUGGACGUCAAGCGCCUGGCAGGGCUCAUCCAGAGGGGGGCGGGGCGCCUGCUGGUGAUUGACAGCCGGACCUUCUCAGAGUACAACGCGUCCCACGUCCAGGGGUCGCUCAACGUGUGCUGCUCCAAGCUGGUGAAGAGGCGACUGCAGCAGGACAAGGUGUCCGUCACCGAGCUACUGCAGCCCAACGGCAAGGUCAAGGUGGAGAUGGGCAGGAAACAGGAAGUGGUGGUGUACGACCAGAGUUCCAAAGAGGCGGGGCAACUGUCCAAAGACGGCUUCGUCCACAUCCUACUGGGCAAGCUGGAGGGCACCUUCCACCGAGUCUCGCUGCUCACCGGGGGCUUUGCCGCGUUUUCCUCCUGUUUCCCCGGGCUGUGUGAGAGCAAACCGGCACUGCCCAUGAGCAUAUCCCAGCCCUGCCUGCCCGUAGCGAACGUCGGCCCCACACGCAUCCUACCGCACCUUUACCUGGGAUCCCAGAAAGAUGUUCUCAACAAAGAGCUGAUGGUUCAGAGCGGAAUCACGUACGUGCUGAACGCCAGCAACACCUGCCCGAAGCCCGACUUCAUCAGCGAGAGCCACUUCAUGCGGAUCCCCGUCAACGACAGUUACUGCGAGAAACUGCUGCCCUGGCUGGAGAAGACCAACGAAUUCAUUGACAAAGCCAAGGUGUCCAACAGCAUGGUAAUUGUGCACUGCCUGGCUGGAAUCUCACGCUCGGCAACCAUCGCCAUCGCAUACAUCAUGAAGACAAUGGGCCUGUCAUCGGACGACGCCUACAGGUUUGUGAAGGACCGGCGUCCUUCGAUAUCGCCCAACUUUAACUUCUUGGGCCAGCUGCUGGAGUUUGAAAAGGGUCUGCGGCUGCUCCAGGUGUUGUCAGGCGACAAGACCUCAGAUAGCAAAGGUCAACCCCAGGGUUCAGAGGUCAACGGGGUCAGCUUGGGCUCAGAAGUCAACGGUCACCAUGACUCUUCAGCGGAGCCCCGGACGCCUUCAGAGCCGAAGCUCCCUUCGCCGACCUCCCUCCAACAAGGCUUCAAUGGCCUCCACCUGUCGGCCGAGCGAAUCCUGGACACCAACCGACUCAAGCGCUCCUUCUCCCUGGAUAUCAAGUCUGUCUACGCCCCCAGCAGCCCCCAGAGCCCGCGGCUAGCAGCUCCCACGCACUCUGAGGAUGUGCCCAAGCUGUGUAAACUGGAUAGCCCCCCUGUCAACGGUGUCUGUUCCCAGUUUUCCCCCGCCCCUGACAGCCCUGGCUCAGCAGAGUCGCCCUUCCCCUCCCCGGGGUUCGGCGGCAGCAUUGGAGGUCUUGGCACCGGGGGUCCCAGCGAAGGGGGCGCUCGCUCUGGAGGUCCCCCAUCGUCCAGGCCCAGAAGGAAAGGCAAGUACGGCUCUGGAUCUGGAGGAGCUGGAUCCACAGGCAGCUCCCCAGUCCACACCCACCUCCCCCACCCCCAAUCACUCAGCCUGGCCCUGGGACGCUCCCUGCCCGUCCACAAGAGCCCCAGCCUGGACGAGAGCCUGAAGGGCUCCAUGCUUCUCUCCCUGCCCAGUUUGGGCUCCGGGACCAUGUGGACCAAACAUAGAGACACUGUGCAGGCCACCACCCCGGUCACGCCCGUCACCCCCACUGGCGACGCCCCCUGGUACUUCGGGGCCGAUGAGGUUGGGGAAGGAGGGAUGGAGCUGGGCGGCGGUGGAGGAGGAGGGCUGGAGAUGCGAUUCGGAAGCAGCUCGGCGUACGUGGCGUUUGGGUGCAGCGAGGGGGUGCGGCUACGGGAGAAAGUGACGCGGGACAAAACUACAUCGUCAUCACCCGCGGUGCCAUCACAGAGGGACUCCUCGACGACCGUCCCUAACAGCGCGGUCUCCAACAGCAACGAGAAGCAAUUCAAGAGGCGAAGCUGUCAGAUGGAGUUUGAGGAGGGCAUCUCCGAGACACGUUCCCGGGAGGAGCUGGGGAAGAUCGGGAAGCAGUCGAGCUUCUCUGGAAGCAUGGAGAUCAUUGAGGUGUCCUGACAAACCGGACUCCAGACCACAACCGCCCUGCCCCAGGGGCAAACGGACCUGAGGGGGGGGGGGGGGGGGGUUGGGGGAUUUACGAGUCCCCACAAAGACAGUGUUAAAGACUCAAAAUCUGAGAAGACAGAUGGACAGAGAGGGAGUCCCUUAGCCAGUUAGUGCUCCUGGCAUAGAGAUGGGAUUCAGCUGGCCAUCGAUGAACUAAUAAUGUCAAUGAACUAAACAUUGAGUACCAUCAAAGGUUUGGACAUGAUUAUCCAUUCACUUAAAUGGAUAAGAGUAUCCAACAUUUUGACUGGUACUGUACAACACUACCAAAUUAAGCUCUGAAGAGGAAGGACACUGGGGAGAGAUAAAGGCUGUGGAGCUUGAUCGGAAAUAUGGACUAUGAUUGCUUCUAGAUGGUGGCAGUUAGAGAAAAAAAGGACCCAGUGGCCGAUCCCAAAGGAUUCUUUAUCCCUCAUAUUGUGCACUACCUUUGACAAAAAGUCUCAGAUGUAAUGCACUCUUGAAGUGAUACUGGGUCCUCUGAGACAGCCAAGCGGUUUCCUCCCAAAGCUCGACUUCAACCCCUGCAUGGCCCAGUCUGCCCCCCCCCAACACGUCCUUCAUUACAAAGACUUCAAAAGAGCUCUUUACUCCAGAAAGGCACCACAGCACAACGCAGAGAGAGCCUGUUUCCGACUCUCCUAAGAGAUUAUAAUGGUGGUACGGCAUUAAAACAAUGAAGGACCCUCCAUGUUGGCCUGUCAGCCCAGCAUGGUUUAUGAAGACAUUCUGGUUUAUGAGGACAUCACUGUCCAUGAAGACAUUCUGACUAAUGAUGUCAUGGUUUAUGAAGACAUUCUGGUUUAUGAGGACUCCUAGUAAGAUUGACAGUGUAUUUUCCCACAAUGCUCGUCCACUCCUAUGUUUCCAGUGUUAAACAGUGUGAGGUUGCUGAGGUUUGGGGGGUGGGAGGGGUUGUAUGUUUCCCCCCUCCCAGUUGUGGAGUUCUGUACUCGCAUGUCUCACUCCACCCCCUAAUGUCUAACCCCUACCCAUGCCCCCCUUUUCCCAGCCUGUACUGAGCAUGCUCCAGAGUGGCUAGUGGCAGACAGACAAAUACUAUAUAUAUAUACUAUAUGAAUAUACAGUAUAUAGCGAUUUUAAUGGACUUUUUAAUCAAACAAUUUUUUUCUCAGUUAUAGUUUUAAUUUAUUUUAUCUGUUCAUUCUGGUAAUGAGAAAUAAUAUAAUGUUUUGUGGACGUUUUCCUUUGUUGAUCUCAGUUUUUGCUGUAAGGUAUUUAUAAAACACACAUGCAAAUAUUACAACACACAGACACACAAAUACACGCAAGCAAUAUAAGCUGUUCCUUAUCUGUGGGGUUACUGAUGCGUUAUGGGCUUCAUUUGACGUGCAAAAGCAAUGUUUUUGUUACUCUUCAAAAACCAGUAUCCCAUCCGCUUCCUAAGAGAUUGCCAACACACUGUAACACCUGGUGACAUGACCAGAUGUGUGCUAGUCAGCUGAGGGGUUUCUUAUGUGGCUUAAUGAGUCUUUAUGAGCACAAAACAUGAAGGAGGAGUUGGAAAAGACAUUGAAAAGAUGUUUACAUUUGUAUUUAUGUUGGAAAAGACAUUGAAAAUAGGUGGAAGAAAUCAUCUUUUCAGUUGUAAAAAGCGUCCUUUUGGUAAGCAUCAGAAAGAUGCAAAAAUGACGUCUUGUGCUCACUGUGGUAACUCCUCACUGUAUUUAAUAUAUUAUUUAUUAUGUUGGUGGGCUCCUAAAGUGAAUUGGACAUCAACUGGGAGACUGUUGGUGUGUGUUUCAGCGAGACUGAGGAACGUCAUUCAAACCUCUUCUAAAGAGCCGAAUUACUUUAGGAAGGACUGUUGAUUUUUUUUGUUGGGUUUAUGAAAACAAUAACCGGUAUAUGCAAGUAGAUCCACACAGUUCACAUGGUAGACUCAUAUAUUCCACACAUACAUGUAUACACAGAAUUACAAGGUGUUUGGAAACUAAAGGAGCCUAAAGCAGAACCCCCACACACACACACACACACACACACACACACACACAAACACGACUAUACACCCGUCACCUUUUAUUUGUUCUCAGGGGAUCUUUCAGUGAGCCAAGCCCGGUGCAGGGUACACAAAUGCAGGCACAUCAGCACAAUGCAUGCCCCCACCCUCUCUCACUUCCCUGGCUUACUCUCCAUCUGUCUCUUUAUCUAUCUAUUGCUCUCUUUCUCUCUCUUAUGUUCCAAAGGUUUGAUGAUAACAAAACAGAAGGGAUGAAACAAGAAUGGAUCUGUUGUGAUUCAGAAGUGAAUGAACGAAUGCUAUUGCUCUCCUGGUGCGAGGUUGUCUUUAUUUAUGAUGUUAGGUAAAUGUGGUUUUUCCUUUUGGUUAGCUUUUCUGUAUGGCAAACCUUGACCUUUGACCUAUACCUUUGUGCUGCUGUAAGGUCAGACCUGGAUUUCCUGUGUUCAGUUCCCUUCCUAGCCGGAGGCUUUCCUUUUACUAUCUAGAUUUUUUAAAAGAUGUUAUAAUUAUUUAAAAACUUGUUAAGAGAAGAUGCAGGCUGUCCCGAUUACUAUAAUUAUUGGUAUUGAUUUAUUAUUAUUAUUAUGUUGUGUAAAUAGCAACAUAUCUAAGAACAGUGAUGAAUUUAGGUACGUUUUGAAAAGAAAAUCCUGAUACCUUAGGCUGCUUGACGCAAAAUACCUCAGGUUCCAUUGAAAGGCUUUUCCUUCCCCUGUACCUGUUUUGUGAAAAUGAGACAAAAAUACAAACAUUGCAAAUUA